AUGCCUAGUAUUCCAUUGGUGGCAGAGCUUGGGGCGAAGGCCGCUGAGUUUCAGAAGUUACUUGACUCCACUGAGGCACCUGAAGCGGUGAAGAAAAAGCUUCGUGCCACCAUGGAUCCGGAGGAACUUUUCACUUCCCAAGACUCCCGGAUUUUUGUGCGGUGUCGGCCAAUUAUUCCUUUUGAUCAUGAAGACAUGAACAGUAAAGGCAUGAUUCGUAAAGUCGAAGGACGCCGUGAUCUUGUCCUAAUGGUACCCAAAAUCUCAUUGGCAGGACAGUGCUUACUUGAUCCUCUUGCCUUGAACCUUGAUGGCGUAUUUGGGGGAAUGGAUGAAACCUCAACUGUAUAUAGAGAAUCCUGUUACCCUCUUGUCAAUUUAGCGGUUGAAGGUGCCUCCACAUGUGUUCUUUGUUAUGGACAAACUGGGAGUGGUAAAACUUAUACAACGACAGGCAUUCUUCAACUUGCAUCAAAAGAUCUGGCUCCACAUUUCAAAGCAAAUGACAUUUUUGUCACCGUGAUUGAAAUACAAGCUAAUAAGAACAUCGAUCUUCUUACCGGAACUGAGGUACAAGUCGUGGAAGAUGUAUCUGGAGAACUAAAAAUUAGAGGAGCUGAUGCCUUUGAGUGUUCAAAUGAAGAAAUAUUGUGGGCCGUUUUUGAGGAAGCGGCAUCUCAACGAGUGACCAAGGCAACUGGUAGGAAUGAAGCCUCUUCCCGCACACAUAUGGUAACUUGUAUACGAAUUGUAUCAAAAACCAGCACAUGGGCAAAGCCUGGAGAACUUUUUCUAGUGGACCUCGCAGGAAGCGAAAACACAGCGGAUAGUGCAACACAUGACAAAGAGCGGCAAAUGGAGGCAAAGUUUAUCAAUACUUCACUUAUGACCCUCAAAGAAUGCAUUAGAGCUCGUGCCAUGGCAGCAACCAGUACCAAUCAUCUACAUAUUCCAUUCAGGAGAUCACCCUUGACUCUCUUACUUAGGGAUUGUUUUGAGAUUGCUGUGAAGCGACCAACAAAAACGGUGAUGAUAGCAUGUGUUUCACCCUUGUUAAGGGACUCGAGGCACACAAUCAAUACUUUGAGGUAUGCGUCACUUCUUGCUGUUUCUCCACCUGCACGUGUUGUCGCAGACGAUCCAGAUGACCCAAAUGGUUUUGACAGGGAACAAGCCUUGGAUUUUAUCUCUCGGUGUUCGAGAGGGAGAAUAACUGAACCAAAGUCUAUUCUUCCUGAGGGAGAUGGAAGAACUUUGGUGCACAUUCCCGAGGCAGAGUUUAUUAGACGUAUAUUGGAAUCUCAUUCUAACAUAACCGAAAAGGGUGCAAAACAGAUUUAUACCUCAAUUUGGCAAAAAGUCGUAGACGCGAGAACAAAGGGUCGAAAGGUCAUGACAGCGGCGAAGAAGGCACCUGUUGCUCCAAGAUGUGCAUCUACAAGGAAAUAA